AUGUAUAAGGUUGUCUCAAAGGUGCUUGCAUUGAGAUUGAAGAAGCAACUGUCUAAGGUAAUCCAUGAGAACCAGUUUGCUUUUCUUGGUGGCAGAAACAUGCUAGAUAGCGUAGUGGUGCUGAAUGAGGUUAUCCAAGCAACAAAGAAGGUGAAAAAACAAACUUUGUUAUUUAAGGUUGACUACGAAAAAGCAUAUGACUCAGUGCGCUGGGAAUUCUUGUCAUAUAUGAUGCAGAGGAUGCAAUUUAGUAGUAGAUGGAUUUGUUGGAUUAUGGGCUGUUUGGAAUCAGCAACAAUGUCUGUAUUGGUUAAUGGUAGCCCGUGUGAGGAGUUUAGAAUUGGCAAGGGACUGCGUCAAGGGGACCCCCUUGCUCCGUUCUUGUUUUUGAUAGUUGCAGAAGGACUUAAUGGCUUUUUCUCACAAGCAGUUCGCCUUGGCAGAUUUCGAGGCUUUCAUUUGGGUAGGAACUCAAAUAUUGACAUCUCCAUGCUUCAAUUUGUAGAUGACACAAUAUUUAUCCCUGAAGGUGUCUUGAAAGUCUGUACUGGCAUCAUGAGGAAAUUCUUGUGGGGAGGUGUGGAUGAGGGGAGUAAAAUUGCAUGGGUAAAGUGGUCGGUGGAUUGCAAACCUAAAGAACAUGGAGGUUUAGGGAUAAAAGAUUGGCGGACAUUUAAUACAGCACUGCUUAGUAAAUGGAGUUGGAGAUUUUUGAAUGAGUCGGAUAGCUUGUGGUGCCGUUUUGUGAAAACGAGGUGUGAUGUGAAUUUAAAAUUGUGUGGUGAGUCCCCAUGGUGGCGUGAUGUGAAAUCUGUUUGUCUAGUAGAUGGGUGGAAGUGGUUUGAGGCGAGGCUCCAAAAAACCGUACUAGGAGGUGGUGCUACUAGUUUCAGGACUGAAAACUGGUUGGGGACUGGUGCAUUGGAGCCUAGGUUUCACUGGUUAUAUAACCUCUCUGGGCAAAAGUAUGAAAUUGUACAGCGCAUGGGGCUAUGGCAUAAUGGUGCUUGGCAUUGGGUGUUUCGGUGGAGGAGGGAACUGAGGGGUAGGGAGUUCAGCUGGCUGGGGGAAUUAAUGGCUCAACACUUGGAGGAAAGGGAUCCUGUGUUUGCUCUGUUUUGGUCAGCUCCAGUACCCUUAAAUAUCAAGGCAUUCAUAUGGAGGGUGCUCUUGGGCACGCUGCUGACUCGGGAUAACCUGGUUAAGCGACAUGUUAUCAAUCCUGGUGUGGAAGCACUCUGUCCUUUUUGCAACUUGGUUGAGGAGACGUGCUCACAUUUGCUCUUCUCAUGUCCUGUCUCGUUGCAAAUCUGGUAUGACUGCUAUGCAUGGCUUGGGAUCUCAACUUCACAGAUUCCAACUCCAAGGGAUCACUUGCUUCAAUUUUCGUCAAUCGGACUGAGUAGAGAUAAAAAAUUGGGCGAAAUUGUCAUUUGGAUGGCAACUACUUGGCUAAUCUGGCUACUGCGGAACAGGGUGAUAUUCCAAGCUGGUGAGAUCGAUGUGACCAAUAUUCUGGAGCUGAUACAGGUCAAGGUGUGGCAAUGGCUGAGAGCCAAGGUGAAGAAGUUCACAUACUCAUGGUAUGAAUGGAAGAUGAAUCCAUUAGUUUGUCUCCUCUCUAUCUAA